AUGGCAACCUCACCAAGAAGAAAAUUAGUAGCAUCUAAGCGAGUAUUACCAAAUGUACCUAAAGAUGAUGGCAGAACAACACCAUCAAAAAGUGUGACAUUCAAUGAUGAUAUUGUAGAAACUUCUAUAGGAGGCACUUCAUCUGUUAGUAGAAUGAGAAAUAAACCACCUCUCUUCUCUGUUGAAAAUAACACAAAAGGUCGCAGAGAUAGGAAAAGUGGGUCUCGCGUAAGUGACACACCAGAUAAAACAGUGGGAAAAGAGAAUAAGAAACUAUCAGAUGUUGGAACUGAUUCAGUGAAAAGAGGUGAAAGUUUUAAAGGGUCAAGUAAGGUGUAUUUAGACGUUCAACCAGUAGAAAGUCCAUUUAAAACUCCUCCUGUCAAGAGCAGACGUCAUACUCUAGAAAGUAAAUUGUUUGAGACUCCUGAUUGUUAUAGAAUGGUAGAUUUAGAAACACAACAUGAGAAUAACUAUGAUACAGAUUAUUCAUCUAGUACAGAAGAUGGUGAUGAUAGUUGUGAUAGUGUAACUGUUGCUGUUAGAGUUAGACCCUUCAGUCAGAGAGAACUAGCUGAUCCCAAUGUUAAAUGUGUAGUAGCUAUGAAUGGUAAUGAAACAACAGUAACUAGUGAAAGUGGUACUGUACAUAGAUUUGCGUAUGAUUUCUCCUUCUGGUCCCAUUCUACAGACACUGACACUGAACAAGAUGAGGGUUUUUCUGGACAAGAGAGUGUUUAUAACCAGUUAGCUCAACCUUUACUUGGUAAAGCUUUUGAUGGUUAUAAUACUUGUUUGUUUGCUUAUGGACAGACAGGCAGUGGUAAAAGUUAUAGGUGA